AUGGAUGUUCAAGUGAAUGCCCAGCCCGAUCGCGUGCGCAAGCGCCGCCGCCGCACAAUGGCGUGCACGCAGUGUCGCACGCGCAAGUUACGAUGCGAUCGCGAGUAUCCUAGUUGCAGUCGCUGUUUGAAGAGCAGAGCCCCGGGUAAAUGCACAUAUGAAGAUGGGUUCUUAUGGCAGCAGCCUACCACAGUCACAAAUACUGCAUUUGCCUCCGACCGAGGGUCUAUGGUAUCUAUGCCCCGAGAUACCCCAGUCGACACGCCCCCGGAUUCGGGGAUACCGACGGGGUCAACUCGGACGGAAACUUUCCCACAUAGUGAACCACCUCGCAGGGCUAUGGCUGGCGGUCCCAUGCAUCACGAGUAUCAUGGUCUUACGGGCCAUGCUCUUGCACCGCCAUACAGAGGCCGGCCUCACGACAGAGAGCGAAAGGACAGUUUUUUGGAAACAGUUCUCGGUGCUCCUAAGGCUGCUGUUAAUCAAGAACCUUAUGUGAACAUGGGUAUUUUACAUCGCCCUAAGCGCCCGGCGCCUGCGUCGGAGCAAGGUAUGCAAGCAGCGUCGCAGGUCGACGAGGGGCACAUUGAGGAAGAAGAGGACCCCUUGUCGCCUACGGAUCAGCUUGACCUCGCUCCUCGCAUGAUGAUGAGGGGCCGUGAAACUAAAACGCGGUUUAGUGGAUCGGGCAUAUUUGCUAGUCUAGUAGCACAGUUUCCGGAUAUAAAACCAUUUGCAGAGGAGAUCAGGGUUUCUACCCCGAUUUUCGCGCAACUUCAGCCGGACCUCAGAAGGGUUAAGGGUGGGCUAUUCAAACUUAUGGUGCUCACUCGACCCUUUCCCGACCCUACUACCGCUUCGCUAAUUAACAUGCUGCCCUCGCGUGCUGUGGUUGAUGAGCUGGUUGGGUUGUAUAUCACUUAUAUCGAGUCCACUCACCGCAUUCUCCAUGUUCCAUCCUUCUUACGAGAGCUUGACCAAUUCUGGACCAUGUUAGACAGCCCGGCCUCAAUAUCUGCUGCCUUUGCAGUUCAGCUACUGUUGGUCCUUGCCUGUGCAUGGAACCUUGCAGACCUUCCUAGCCUGCAGUCAAAAAGUACGGGCGAACUCAAGUGCCAGUCUGCACUGGAGUGGACUCUGCACGCAGGAAAAUGGAUCGAAAAUCUCCACACCAAGCGUCCCGAGAUUACAUCCCUACGACUCUCUAUUCUAUUGAUUUUGGCGCAUAACUCUCACGGAAUGAGACGCAGCCAGGCUUGGCUUACAACAAGUACAUUAGUCAAGCAAGCAAUGAUGGCAGGCUAUCACCGCGACCCAAGCCGUUACACACGGAUCUCUGUAUUUAACAAAGAGAUGCGACGGCGAAUCUGGACAACUAUUGUGGAACUGGACCUGCAAAUUGCGCUUGACCGGGGAAUGCCCCCGUCAGUACAAACCUUUGACUAUGAUGCGGCUCCGGGGCUCAACAUUUUCGACCACGAGAUCCACGAGAACAGCACUGAAGUUCCCGAAAGCCGGCCACUGAGUGAAGCUACCGACUCUUCGUUCCAGUCUAUCCUGAGUCGCUCACUACCUCUCCGGCUUCAAGCAUGUUCUCUCAUGCACUCUCCACGGAUCAGCUGUCGAUAUGAGGAUAUUCAGCGCCUGGACGCCGAGCUCACUCGGCAUCUUUCUCAGAUUCCUGCGUGGGUGACAGCUGACACCAACGAUAUCGUCACCCAACAUAAAGUAAUACUAUGGAAAGGGUUGAUUGAGACCAAACUUUGCCAGUCUCUAUUGUCUGUUCACACCCCUUUCGCCAUCGAAGCACGGCGAGAAUCACUUUUUGUGCCCUCCGCGCGUACCCGCAUGGAUGCUGCAACCCGAAUACUGUCAACCCAGCGCCGGUUACACGAGAUUUCGCGAACGCUAUCGCUAUGUAUGCUUGGUGAAUGGAGCAUCCAAGCCUACAUUUCCAUCUGCCAAUUGCUACACAGACCCCAGUUCGACACCCCUUCUCCCUCCCAUCCCAUCUCAUCAACCUUUAUUCUCCACAAUAUACCCGGUAUCCCCGAGUCGCUCCUAUCGCUCGUAGAAACAACCUUGAUCGCCUUCGAAGAGCGCUCCCUUUUGAUGACCAAGGGAGCAAAGGACUACUCUUUUCUCUCAACGAUUGUCGCACUAGUCAAAUCCCGAAUCUGGCCGGCACAGGCAACCAUGUACAAGCAGCAGGCUGUCGAGCGGGUGCUAUCAUUUGCGCAAAUUCUCUUCUCUCGGCACAUGAACUGCGACCACCUCGGCGACAAGGGAAUGGGGAAUUUUAAAAACAACCAGCUGGCUGCAUUUAUGGCGGCUCCAACCAUGGUUCCUGUUAUGCAGCCCGAAUUUGAUCCCAAUGGGAUGCACCCGCCACCGCAACCCCACGCGAUACCACCUGCCGAGUUUGACCCGUUCUUGGAGAUCUUCGAUUGGGAGGAUCUGACAAGCAUGACGUUUCCCUGUUGA